UCCAUGUUUUUCUCCCCAUAUAUCUCACUCACUCUCUCACUUAACGCCCUCUUUCUCUCUCUCUCUGAUUCUUCUUCUGAGAGAGGGUCUCCGCCAUUCAAAUUUUGGAAGAAAAUUGUUUGGUGCAGGUUGCUAGAUUCACGCAGCAGAUAAAGAGAUACAGAAAAUUUCAAAAGAAAAAGAAAAGGGUAAAUCGUCGAGUCCCAGAAAAAUGAAAUUUAAGGACGGAAAGCCGAUUUCUCACCCUGAUAAAGGCGUGAGGAUCGUCCCUCUGUCUUUCAUCAUUUUUCUGCUAUGUGGGAUAUCGUUUUACCUUGGUGGGGUUUUCAAUCCUCUGAAGGAUAAUAUUGAUACUAAAGAUAUCACUAGUGUCUUUACUAAAACAGAACAGAAACAGCAGACGACAUCAGCAGUUGCACCUCUGCAGAUCAAGUCUGUUUCCUUUUCUGAAUGUGGCAUUGAGUAUCAAGAUUACACUCCUUGCACAGAUCCAAUGAGAUGGAAGAAGUAUGGUUAUAAACGUCUUGCUUUCUUGGAACGACACUGUCCGCCAAUUUUUGAAAGAAAACAGUGCUUGGUGCCUCCACCUGAGGGGUAUAAACUGCCAAUCAGAUGGCCUAAGAGCAAAAAUGAGUGUUGGUACAGAAAUGUGCCUUUUGAUUGGAUCAACAAGCAGAAGUCUAAUCAAAAUUGGCUGAAGAAAGAAGGAGAGAAGUUCCUCUUCCCUGGUGGAGGCACGAUGUUUCCAAAGGGAGUUAGUCAUUAUGUAGAUCUUAUGGAAGCCCUUAUUCCUCAAAUGAAAGAUGGAACUAUCCGAACUGCUAUAGACACUGGCUGUGGGGUUGCAAGCUGGGGAGGCGAUCUGUUGGAUCGGGGAAUUCUAACUGUUUCUCUAGCCCCAAGGGAUAACCAUCAGGCACAAGUCCAAUUUGCCCUGGAACGUGGGAUCCCUGCAAUUCUAGGAGUUAUAUCGACUCAAAGGCUUCCUUUCCCUUCAAACUCAUUUGAUAUGGCUCACUGCUCAAGGUGCCUCAUCCCAUGGACUGAAUUUGGCGGAGUCUAUCUCAUGGAAAUACAUCGUAUACUCCGGCCUGGAGGAUUUUGGGUUCUCUCUGGACCUCCAGUGAACUAUGAGAACCAUUGGCGAGGGUGGAAUACCACUAUUGAGGAACAAAGAUCAGAUUAUGAGAAACUACAAGAGUUGCUUACUUCUAUGUGCUUCAAGCUGUUUAGCAAAAAGGAUGAUAUUGCCGUGUGGAGGAAGGCGUCAGAUAAUAGCUGCUAUGAUGAAAAGGUUGCUAGUGUUGAUGCUUAUCCCCCUAAGUGUGAUGAUAGUGUGGAGCCUGAUGCGGCUUGGUACACUCCUCUUCGCUCAUGUGUGACGGUCCCCAGUCCGAAGCUCAAGAAAUUGAGCUUAAAAUCUGUGCCCAAGUGGCCGUUGCGUUUAAAUGUUGCACCAGAUCGCGUCUCUGAUGCUCCUGGUGGGAGUGCUGGUACCUUCAAGCAUGAUGAAAGCAAGUGGAAGGUCAGAGUAAAGCAUUACAAGAAGUUGGUCCCGGCUAUUGGAAGUGACAAGAUACGGAAUGUUAUGGAUAUGAAUACGAUGUAUGGAGGUCUUGCAGCUCAGAUAAUUGAGGAUCCCGUUUGGGUUAUGAACGUGGUGUCCUCCUAUGGUGCCAACACACUGCCUGUGGUUUAUGACCGGGGACUUAUUGGAGCUAAUCAUGACUGGUGCGAGCCAUUCUCUACCUAUCCAAGAACAUAUGAUCUUCUUCACGCAGAUGGCCUCUUCACUGCUGAAAGUCACAGGUGCGAUAUGAAGUAUGUGCUCUUGGAAAUGGAUCGAAUCCUACGACCUAAUGGGUAUGCUAUCAUCCGGGAAAAUAACUACUUUGUCGAUGCUAUAAAAGCUAUUGCCAAGGGGAUGAAAUGGGAUUGUCGUAAGGAAGAAACCGGGUAUAAUAGUGAGAAUGAAAAGAUAUUAGUUUGCCAGAAGAAACUCUGGUACUCUAAACAGAGUUCAAGAUGACAGACAAACCUUAAGUUCUCUUGAAUCAGAAAGUCCAUAAAGUUUCCAGCUGAGAGAGUUGAUUAAAGAUAUAUAAUUUGAGUUUGAGUUCGGAAUAGAUCAAGAGCACACAUGAUGGCAAACCAUGUGUGUUUGUGGCACGAGAAGGUUAUCGCGCGGUCUAUCCAGUUCAUUAUAGAAGAAAUCCGAGACCUAUAGAAGAAAGCAAAGGCAAUCAUACUGAAAUUCAUCGAUUCUUAAGAAAAUGUUUAAAUAACGUGAUUUCAUUAUUUUGUAGUUAAUGUAUUUUUAAUUUUAUUAAGUUAUACAUGUUCACCAACUUUUUUGUUUGUAUUUAAUAUGUAGCCAGAACCUUGUAUUUUGUGCACAUGAUAUCAUAUGUGCUGAGAUAUGUUACGCUGUUUUUUUUCCCUUGGA